GUCUGCAGUAGCGCUCCAUGCUGCGCACCUUUAGAACAUGUCUAUGGUGCUGGUCGCAUAUUGAUGGUCAUGUGAUCACACUGUCGUCGUGUUGACAGUUGUUUGAUGGCGUGUGUUUAAGAGUGACAAUGGACUGUGGGAAAGGAGAAAGAGGAGGAAGGCGAGGAAAGAGAGGCAGCCGUGGCGUGGAUGACAAAGAUGUCAGAUUGUCUAAAUCUUUAUCCUACGCUCUUCGCCACGGAGCCAGCCAGAUGGGUCUUCACUUAAGUUCAGAUGGUUUUCUGUACGUGGAAGACCUCUUGGCUCACCCUCAGUUCCGCUGGUACAAACUGGAAGAUGUGCAAAGAGUGGUUGCCACGAAUGACAAGCAGCGUUUUAAGCUGUGUCCUCAUCCUGAAGACGGUCGCUUGCAGAUUCGAGCCAAUCAGGGCCACACGAUGCAGGUGACGGAUUUAGAGCUGAAACCUGUCCUGGCCGGGUCCCCCGACUGCCCGGCCGAGGCGGUCCAUGGGUCCUACAUGCACAACUGGACCUCCAUCCGGCAGCAUGGCCUGAGCCGCAUGAGAAGGACACACAUCCAUCUUGCUCCCGGCUUGCCGGAGGAGCAUGGCGUCAUUAGUGGAAUGAGGAAAGACUGCGAUCUGGCUCUAUUCAUCCAAGUACACCAAGCUCUUGCUGAUGGCAUCCAAUUCUUCUGGUCAGACAACCAUGUGUUGUUGACCCCAGGGGACGCAGAGGGAAAACUUCCCCCCAAAUACUUCAGCCGAGCUAUAAUACUCAAACCGACUCGGAGCGUACUGCCUCUGUCGUAGCCGCAGACGAAUGAGAAACAUUGAAAAGAUUCACUAUUGCACCCUUGGAGGAAAACUGACCCCAAAAAACUGAGGAAAAUUUCUAUAGGCACCAAGUGCUGCCAGGCAAUACCCAAAAAAACAUUUUGAAACUCAAGACUACAUUUCCUGCAUUAACAUAAAUCCUGAUCAUUAAUUAAUAUAUUUAAAUAUUUUUAAUUGACUUUCCAUAAAUAUAUACAAUUAUUCAUCAUA